CUCCUUUUUCCUCUUUUGAUCUUAAACAAAAAUGGCAUAUAGAUCCGACGAGGAUUACGACUAUUUGUUCAAAGUGGUGCUCAUAGGAGACUCCGGUGUCGGGAAAUCAAACUUGUUGUCGCGUUUCACCAAGAAUGAAUUCAGCGCUGAGUCUAAAUCCACCAUCGGUGUCGAGUUUGCCACCCGAACCAUCCAGGUCGACGAUAAGGUCAUCAAGGCCCAAAUUUGGGACACCGCUGGCCAAGAAAGGUACCGUGCAAUCACGAGCGCUUAUUAUCGAGGAGCGGUGGGGGCGUUGCUGGUGUACGAUAUAACUCGGAACGUAACGUUCGAGAACGUGCAGCGGUGGUUGAAGGAGCUGCGGGACCACACCGAUCAGAACAUCGUGGUGAUGCUGGUGGGGAACAAGUCGGAUCUCCGCCAUCUGCGGGCGGUGCCGACGGACGACGCGGGAUCGUUCGCGGAGAGGGAGAACACUUUCUUCGUGGAGACGUCGGCGCUGGAGGCGUACAACGUGGAGAGUGCUUUUUGUGAAGUGUUGACUCAGAUCUACCGGGUGGUUAGCAAGAAGUCUCUCGACGCCGGCGAUGACCCGUCGGCGUUGCCCAAGGGGCAGACUAUCAAUAUUGGGAACAGGGACGAUGUGUCCGCUGUGAAGAAAGCUGGGUGCUGUUCUGGAUAAAAAUGUAACUUCCGUUUUCUUUUUUUUUUUUCUUAUAAAAUUGAGAAUUCACCAUUUUCUAUUUGGUAGG